GUAUUCGCAAGGCACGCACCUGUGUCAAGCGAAAGCAGGCUCGCGCCCAGGAGGCAUAUUUGCCAAGGCUGGACAGGGAGAAAAUUGGAAGCAUGGGACAGUACCUGGGCGGACGAUACAGCUCUGCACGAAGCAGUUUCUUCACCGACGGCAAGCCUGAGUUGAAGCUUGUGGACAUCCAGGAGGCAAUCCCGGUUGUGGACUGUUAUAAGCAUCUGGGAGGCAUGCUCGACAUGGGCGCGUCCUUUGCUGCGGAGAGCCGCUACAGGCUCUCUCUCGCGGCGGGUGCUUUCGAAUCCGCCAAGAAGCUGCUGCUGCAGAACCCAAAUAUACCAAUUGAGACCAGAGGGAAGCUAUUCGAGGCAACGGUGAGCCCCACGCUUUUCAACUUGGCCCUUUGGCAACCGGAGGGCAAACAGUGGCAGCACCUGGCGGAUGGCUACUCGAGGCAGGUGAGACGGCUCCUGGGGCGGGAGAUCAAAGGAAAGAGCAUUUUCCACUUACCCACGCCGGUGGGGCAUGUGAUUACAAAAUGCCGCCCCCUUGAGAUCCUCGCAUUCAGGGCAAGAGUCAGCCUGCUAGUGUCCCUUGUCAAAGCAGCCCCGCCGACAUUGUGGGGCAUGCUGCAGGAGGAGGGACAGUGGAUUCUUCAAGCACGCCGUGACCUGGAAAAGCUCGUUGGCAAGGACGAGGACAAAUGGCCCGCAGUCUCCUCUGCCACAUGGCCAGAAUGGUGGCACCUCCUCAAGGAGUCGCCUAUGAAAGUCAAGAGGGCGGUUGCCCGCCGGAUGAACAGCGACUUCGAGGCCUACCAGAAGAAGGAGAUCGGCAACAUUUGCCUUUGGGCCCUACAGCGAGACCUACAACAACGGCAAGGUACACAGGUUGAGUUCUGGUCGACGGCCCGACUGGAAGACCAUCUUCGAGCAUCCAAGCGGUGUGUGGACAGCAUGACCGCCCAAGGAGUGCAGACUGGGGAGGGGCUUGGGAGUUACGUGGACGUGGCGGCAGCGGCUGACUGGAACGAAUGGGAGAGGACCCUCUACAAGGACUUGUCUGAGGACCUCCUGACCGACGACUUCCCCGACGCCAAGGACUACGCCACCUCACGCAUAGCCAAGGUCGUCAACCAGUACCCGCUGUACCCGGAGGAGAUCGACAAGGUUGUCCAAACACUUGUUGAGGAGACCCAACAAGUGCAACAGGCGGUCCGACAGUGGAAUGACGGACAGUACGAAGCUGUUGGGCACGGACUACUACAUGUUCGACGCCCUCCACCUGAAGGGAAUGUACAGAACAUCGAGAACAAGAUCUCCACCUACCAGGAGUUCAAGGAGCAGAUCGACACCUUCUCAUGGCAGCGAGCCAUCGAUGGAG